UGGCAUGGUCGUCCAGGAUGACUACCAAGUACCACAGAUGCCUGAGGUGGUAGCCAAGUCGGGCUAUGCACUGCUAUACUUUUAUUCAGAUGCAGCUUACAGUCUAUCAGGAUUCUCAAUAUCUUAUAGCCAUCACAGAGUUGACGAUUGUCCCAGCACAGUUGUUGGCGAGGAAUGCUCAAGCAGAGGUGCUUGCCUGGAGGGGAUGUGUAUUUGUGACAUGGGCUGGAGGGGACCUGCCUGCUCAGUGCCAGUUUGCCCAGGCGGCUGUUCAGGCAACGGCCAAUGCAAACCGGAGGAACGCCGCUGCCAGUGCCAUCAGGGAUAUACAGGUACAGACUGCAGUCAGGUCAUACAGGAGGGAUGGUGGGAAGUAGUCAGCCCUGACAUCACCAGCAAGCUGAAAAAAGCAAAUCCGUUCUCCUCCAUGCUAGAGCGAGGGUCACAUGCCACUGUCCUUAUCAAUAAUGCAAUCUGGGUCAUAGGGGGAUAUUCCUUCACAGAAAAGCCUUUUGUUUUUAAAAUACAAUAUUACAGAAGACACUUGGAGAGCUUUAGAGAGUCGAAGCAUAAAAAAACCAGCCUCCAGAUAUGGGCAUUCUGCAGUGGUGGAUCGAUAUACAUGUAUGGAGGCAUGAAGGAGGACGGAACCAUCACACGAGAGUUCUGGCAGCUUGACACUUCCUCUCUGGCCUGGUCGCUGGUCCCCAUGGAAAAGAGUUCCAGAGGAGGCAAGAGUCGGAAUGGGCGCAAGGGGAGACUAGGGCGUCGAGAAGGAAACAGACGCAACAACAGAAGGCAUGCGGCGGUGGUGGUGCAGAAGGUGAAGAAGAAUGUUAUGCUCGUCAUCUUUGGGCAUUCCUCCAGAUAUGGAUAUUUAAACACAGUCCACAGAUGCUACAGUGUGAAGAGGUUGUGUAAAAGAAGUAUGCUUGCAAUAUUUGAUAAAUACAUGUAUAUAUCAGAAUCAAAAGGUUACCCUGUUGGUACACUAUUAUCUCUCGAAGUUGAGCAAGGCAACUGGGAAACCAUAGAAACACGAGGUGCAGUGGUGAGUUGGUGUUUAUGUCACACGGCCGUCUGGGAUCCUGUGACCUCUCUUGUUUACGUCCAUGGUGGUCUGCAUUCCAUCACUUCCACCAGUCAAGUUGUGCCCUAUUUGAUGACUUAUGAUCCUGUCAAACACAUAUGCUGUAAUUCAUGGCAUACAAUGCGCAACCCCAACCUGUACCUUGAUGUUGCUAGGUAUGGACACACACAGCAGUGUUUCACCAGGAGGAGAUGUACAUUGUUGGAGCUUCAACGGCAAAAUGUUGGGCUCUGUGCUGAAAUACCAUCCAGGAGACUGUUGCUGAUUGGUUCUACUUGUAUUUCAGCUGUGAAACCGGGUUUAACAUCAAGUGAAAAGUGUUUGACAGCAUACCCAGGUGUUAAGUGUGUAUGGAAUAGUUAUGUUGGCAAGUCUGGAAAGUUUCUCAGAUUCUACAUCAGUGAGUCUCGGAUCUUAACACGCUCCAAACGUCUUGCCAUUCUUGUGUCUUCAAUACCUUACAACUGCUUCUGGUGUAGUAGUCCUGCGCACGGAUACAUAAAGUGUACAGAACUACACAGAAAGAUUGGCAGUGGAUGCCUCAUUUGUGGUCCUACAAGUUGUGAUCAAAUGAUACUCUUCCUUGUUUAUAUGCAAGGAAAAUGUGAAGAGCAGAAGUCAUCCUCACUCAAAAUAGAGAUAAAGAAGGUGGAUAUUGCCUUUCAUUGUCUCAGGGCUAUUGGUAGUAUAGUGUGUUCCCGGAAUCAGCCUGAAGGUGUGAUGAGUUUGAGUAAUGGUCUCCUAAAUAAAGAGGUUCCAAGGCCAACUAAGGUGGUGGGUGUGUGGUACAGGGCCACGUUGCUCUCUCACAAGCCUUGUCAGCCUACCUGUGCACAGAGGACAUCAUGUACAAACUGCACACAGAGUUCGUGCAUGUGGUGCUUCAAUCAGCAGCGGUGUGUCAAGAAUAAUUCCUAUUUGGUCAGUUUCCCCUACGGUCAGUGUAGAGAAUGGACAACAGAAUCCAAGAGAUGCAUGGAUGUGGAGCCUGGAAUGAGCCGCUGCAGCAUCCACCAAACAUGUGAGAAAUGCCAAGCAGACGUUGCAUGUGGUUGGUGCGAUGACGGAAGUGGUACAGGAAUUGGCACCUGCAUGGAGGGUGGUCAGAGAGGCCCCAUUAACCCAGUUACCAAAGCCACUCAGAGGAAGAAGUGCCCCAGUCCGAACUGGUACUUCACCCAGUGCCCAUUAUGCAAUUGUAACGGCCACAGCACUUGUGAGAAUCACAGUCAGUGCAUCGAGCCUUGUGCCAACAAUACUGGGGGAUCCCAUUGCCAGUACUGUGUGGAGAAAUUCUUUGGAAAACCAAUUAAUGGCGGACUCUGCAAACCUUGUAUGUGCAAUGAGCAUGGUGACACAUGCAAUCGUGAGACUGGACGCUGCAAUUGUCACACAAAAGGGGUAACUGGUGAUCACUGUGACCGAUGUGAUACUCAAAACAACUAUGUUGGUGAACCCCUGAAAGGAUCUUGUUUCUAUGACCUUCAGAUAGACUAUCAGUUUACUUUCAACCUCUCCAAACAUGAGGAUCGUCACAUACGCCAGAUCAACUUUUUCAACGUGCCAACAAAGAGUGAUGUAGAUACUGACUUCGAUAUACAAUGUUCGAAGGCAACCAACAUCAAGAUUUCAUCUAAAAUGACAAAUAGUCACGAAACUUGGAUCAUACGCAACUUUACUGGUAAAAGAAUCAAAAAGAGGUUCAGUUCUUCGGAUUACACGUUCGGGUCAGCAGACAACAACACAACAUUUCACGUCUACGUCUACAACUUCACGCCUCCCAUAGAGAUCAUUGUAUCGUUCUCCCAACACCCCAAGCUGGAUCUUGUGCAGUUCUUCUCCAUAUUCUCACUAUGUUUCCUGAUUUUACUGACUUUAGCAGCUAUACUUUGGAAGAUCAAACAAAAAUAUGACAUUUAUACCAGGAGACAGCGUCUCUUGGUGGAGAUGGAAGCCAUGGCAUCACGUCCCUUCCGCCCCAUCCUCCUGGAGCUCUAUCCGAGAGGCUCUGCCGAUACCCCCAACGCCAAUGGCAUCAUCUGCCCCACUCCCACCAACACCACGCCAACCCCACCGCCAUCACCACAACGACCCUGGCCAAUAACUGCAACAUUUUGGGCACCAAUGGCACUGCCAAUGCCAUCAGCAGCUCCCGGAGUAUUCAAGGCUAACAACAUGAAGUCCUGCAAUAAUGUAAUGAGCAAUGCAACGUCACCGGAUAGCCUUCCUUCAGACACCUUAGAUGGCAUGAUGACGCUCAAGAAGAGAAAGAAGGUUAGAGGUUCUUGGCCUUGCAGUGGGAACCGAGCAGCCGUCCUCUCACUCCUGGUUCAGUUGCCUACCGGUGGGGAACCCUUCACACCGCCAGGACAUCCAGGUGGUCUGGCAAUAGCAAGCACUCUUGUAACGCUCGGAAACCCGAGGAAAUGUAGUUCCGACCCCAUAACUCUUACCAAGGGGGACGUCAACAAAAAUAAAGCUCUAAGAGGUAAACAACCAUAUUCCAGCCAUUCUCCUGACACCUGUAUUUAACAUAGGCCUUGCCACCAUCCUGUAAGAUGUGCAGAUGUAUCAUGUAUGAUAAGCCAUUGUUAACAAUAGUCACAUCCAAAUUUUAUAAUGUAGUAUGUAAUAAUGAUCAUAAUGAUUAGGUUUAGUAUUAGUUGUCUGAUGCCUUGAGCAGACAAAAGCAUUCUCUGUUGUUGCUUAUGUUGUCGCUUGCAGAAAGCUACAUUGACUUAAAACAGUUAUUUGGAAAAUGAACCACUGAAACAGGUCUUCAGAUGCACAGGUGUGUAUUUGAUGAUAUACAAAAUUGAGAUGAGCAUU